AUGUCUAGAGAAGUGGCAUCUGAACCUCUCAGAAGAGUAACGCAUUUCAUUUUGAACUUUUACGGACCCUCUUGGUUCAAAAUUAAAUCAAAUUCUUCUUGCCGAAAUGGUGCUAACAACUUCUUUUACUUAGUUCAGUUGUUUCGGGAACUUGAUGCCUUAGAUCAGGCUGUGGUUCGUCCUGUUCUCAAAAAUAACUGCUACUUUGCGCAUGCUGAAAACAUUCUUUUAGCUGCAUUUAGUGAUAGUGAUAUGGAAAUUUGUCGUUUUUCAGUAGAACAAAUAAUAAGAGCAAGAGAGAAGCAGACUAAUAGUAACAUACCGGUUCGCGUCUUUGAUAAGAAGGAUAUAACAUUAAAUCUGGCUGCGACAUCGUUCAUUAACAUGAUUGACUGGGACCAGAGAAAUGUUACGUCUCCUCCGAUGCUAUCACACCUUUCAAAUGAUCAACUUACUUACACACAUCCAAUACUACUGCCCGAUGUUCCAUGUCAUUCACAGGCAGUAGAGAGAACAAUUAAAGACGUUAGCGCUGCCAGCUGUAAAGUUUAUGGGAGAAAGUCCCGUCAUGGCAUGGUGUUACAGAGUAAGAAAUCCAGAUUAGAGAUACCAAUAAUAGACAGCAAGAAAGAUUUUAUUAACAGUUAG